UUCUAUUGUGCAAAUGCAAGGCUAUGGAUUUUUUCUACGCUGCAAUGUGCAUAGUUUAGAAAUGUUUUUUUGUAGUUGUCAAUGGAUUAAACUUUCUUUUAAAGGACUUAAUUUGCCUUUCGGACUUGCACUUCACAUUUAGAAAUGAUCUGAAAUUACAUCAAAGUUUCCAAAAUCAUCUGUCUGCUACUUGCGUUUUCAUCUUCCUUACCCAUAGCUUAUUUUUCACUGAAUUGCAACUUAUAACCCCAUGGAGUAUGGAUAAUGCAUGCAUGUUCUUUUGAGGCUUGACUCAAAUUAUAGUAGUGAUAAUAUUUGUCUGUUCAUCGGAAUAUGCAUCAGGCCCUAAAGCUGCGUUGGAGGACCGAUAAAAGCUACAAGAGUCUUUAUCAUACCAAAGAUGAAGAAAUGGAUUCAUGAUAUGGAAUUUUGGUCUCUGUUUGAAGCAGGCCUAUUUAUGCUUGUGGCCUAGGGUUUUCGGGUUAUUGGCACAUUUUUCUUCUGAUUAAAGAUAAUUUCGACAGAGGCACUAUAUUUGGGUGAAUCAUGAAAAUGCCAUUUGGAUUGGCUUUGCCCCAGAGGAAGAGAAGAAGCAAAUCUCAGGACCAAAAUGAUCCAUGGCUGUAUAAACCAUUAGAAUAUUGGCAGCUGGAAAACAAACAAUUCUUAUACAUAAAUCCACAGCCUAGUGUUGCUUAUGUAUUCACACUCAGGGAACUGCUAGAAGCCACUUCAAAUUUCUGCAACGACAAUCUAAUUGGGAAAGGUGGUUUUGGCCGCGUAUAUAAGGGAGUUUUGAAAAUGGGAAAGGUGGUAGCAAUUAAACAGAUGGACCCAGUCUCAUUGAGAAAAGCGCAGGGAGAAAGGGAAUUCAGAGUGGAAGUAGAUCUAUUAAGCAGGCUUAACCAUACCAAUCUAGUCCGCUUGAUUGGCUACUGUGCAGAUGGAAACCAACGCCUCCUGGUUUAUGAGUAUAUGUACAAUGGCAGUUUACAGGAUCACUUGCAUGGAAUUCUUAGAAUGAGGAUGGAUUGGCCUUUAAGGUUGAAGAUUGCUUUGGGGACAGCAAAAGGCCUUGCUUAUCUUCAUUCAGGUCCAACAACAAGCACUCCCAUAAUUCAUAGGGACUUUAAGUCCUCCAACAUUCUUCUUGAUGCAGACUUUGAGCCCAGGAUAUCAGAUUUUGGCCUGGCUAAACUCAUGCCCUUUGGGGAUGAAGUGUAUGUAAGCACCAGAGUUCUUGGCACCUUUGGUUACUUUGAUCCUGAGUAUACAUCAACUGGAAAGUUGACACUGCAAACUGAUGUUUAUGCAUUUGGAGUAGUUCUUCUCGAGCUACUGACUGGCCGCAGGCCUGUGGACUUGAAUCAAUGCUUGGCUAACCAGAACCUUGUAUCACAGGUGAGGAACAAAUUGAAGGACAAGAGAAAGCUGAAAAAAGUUAUAGAUCCAGAGGUGAAUAGGACUUCAUAUGGCAUGGAAUCAGUUUCCAUAUUAGCAAAUCUUGCUUAUCGAUGUGUUCGAAAGGAGGCAAAUCGAAGGCCUGACAUGUCUCAAUGUGUGAAGGAGCUUGAGCAUAUGUGCACCAUAAACAAAAAAGAAACUGGAAGUGAAAUGACCCAAUUUUGUUAUCAAUUUAGUUACUGAAAAAAAUAAAAAAUAAAAAAUUCCUUGCA